AUGCCGGGAUGUGAUUGGGUCAAAUCCUUUCUAAAACGACAUCCACAACUUUCUCAGAGGAUUGCGCAGAACAUUUCACAUGCUAGGGCUGCUACUGAUGAAGAAAUCAUAAAUAACUUCUUCGAUAAUUUGGAGGUUGAGUUAGAAGGAAUUCCUGCAAGCAAUAUAUGGAAUUAUGAUGAGACUAACCUAGUUGAUCACCCGGGACAGACAAAAAUAGUAACCAAAAGAGGAACGAAGUAUCCUGAGCGUAUCAGGAACUGA